AUGGACGGCCCACAGUCAAUUGAUGAGAAUUAUGAAGGGAACUGCCCACAAUGCAACUUUCACUUCGAAGGGUUCAAGCAAGCAAGAGCCCACAUGGCGAAGUUCCACAAUUUCACUCCAGUCUGCCCGAUUUGCUCAAAAACUGAGAAAUCCACUAAAAGGCUUUCCUAUCAUCUUAGAACGGACCACCCAAGGUGCUCAUAUUGCUCGGUGAGAUUCUUGCACAGAGAGGAGUAUUAUUUGCAUAAUUUAGUAAAGCACAUAGAAGAAAUAAUUGUAUCAAAUAAGCUCCUGAAUGUAAUUAAUAGAUUUGAAAAAAGGUGCAGAUUGUGUGGCUUGAAAUUUUCUAAGCGCUGCUAUGCUCAUUUGCAUCUUCAAUAUGCUCAUCCUUUACUUAAACCAUUUUUCAGUAAUUUAAGAAGUAGUUAA